AUUGUUUUAGUAUUCUAGACACCGUUCUAUGCAUCAGUCUUCUAUUUCUUGUUAUUCUAGAAAAUUCCACUACUCGGUUUGUUAUAUUUUUAUGUUUUUCGUAGGAAGUAAAACCUUAAUUUUAUGUGAGUAUAAUUAUGAAACUUUUUAAAUUUUAUUUUUUUUUUUUUUAGGUAGGUACUUAUUUAAUUGUAAGAAUUUAUUAUUAAUUAUUAAGUUUUAGAUAGAAUAUACACUUUUAAAUUGAAUAUCGCUCGUAUUGUUAUAGCUCGAAGAACUAUUUAAAACAAUUCUAGUUUACUAGAGUAGGAAUUUUUUUUCUCAAUUAAUGGAGUGGUACAAUACUACAAUGUACAAAUGAAUGACAAACUUUGGAAUAAUUAUCCUAUCCAUUCAAAGUGAAUUUCAUAGUUUUUAAUAUUACAUUAUAAGGAAAAACUGAAAUGGCUCUGUAUAAAUAAAUAAAUAAAUUUUGUAUUUACUAAACUAACAUCUUAAUGUAAAAAAUAUAGUUAAAAAAACAAAAUUUUAAUUUUAAAAAUAGAUUUUUGAUAAAAAUGUUUUCUAUGCAUCUAUCAAACCAAUUAUAUUAAACAAAAUAAAUUAUUGUUUUUUAAAUGUUCACUAUUAAUUAUUUGGUAUUGUUUAUAUGCGCUCUGUAUAAGUUGUUUACUUUGGUAUUACAUAUUAAAGUAAACUAACUAAUUAAUGAUAAAAAAAAAUUGUAUUUUACUUUAUUAUUAUUAAUUCAUGUUCUGAAUGCUUCCAACAAGGGGAGAAAAGAUUCAGGAAUGUCUUUACGGUAAAGUCACCGGCAAUAAUGAUUAAGAUGGGACUAUAAAUGAUAUACUGAUGAUAAAUUCUCAUUUAGUACUACAGUGUUAGAAUUAAACUUCACGAAACAGUAUUACUGCCAUUACAUUUAAUACAUGAAUGACAGUUACGAAGUAACUGAUAGAAUUCUAGAUUGACCUACAGUCAUAAAAUUUAUCAUAAGAUAAUAAACUGAAAUACCCAACAUAUAAUAAUUUAUAAAAUUAAUGGCAGAUAAUGUAAUAACUGUGUAUCUAGCAUAAAACAUGUGUAGAAUGACUAAAAUCCAUAGAGCUCAUACCGAAUUAAUACCAAUUAUUUUAUUAAAUUGUGUAUACAUACUUAUAUUAUGUUUGUAAUCUAUACCCAUUAACUUAUAUUUAUUCAAACUGUUAAACUAUCUAAAAUUAAUUUUGUUUUAUUUUUCUUUAUUUUUUAGGAUCUACAAUGGCUAGCAGUUUAGAUGAUGGCCAAAUAAUUAUUAAAAAUGAUUGGUAUCAAUCAGAAACUCAUAUAAUCCUUGCUAUUUUAGGUAAACAUUUGUCAAAAGAAGAUUGUUUUAUAGUAUUUAAUAAAGACGAAUUAACUAUUAAAUCAAAAUUUGCUACUGGUCAAUCAUACACAUUAAAUUUAAAACUCAGUAAAAAUAUUGUACCAGAGCGAUGUUCUUUCAAACUUCUUUCUUCAAAAUUAGAGAUAUUAUUAGCCAAAACAAAUGCAGAAAGAUGGGAUGUACUAGAAAGGCCUUUAUGUAAACCUAAUGAAAAUUCUAAAUGUCAAGGACGUAACUGGGAUAAACUUGUCAAUGAUAUGACAAAAGACGAUACUGAAGAAGAUGUUAACUCUUUGUUUAGAAAAAUUUAUUUAGAAGGUUCAGACGAAGUACGUAAAGCUAUGAACAAAUCAUUUGUAGAAUCAAAUGGUACUGUUCUUAGUACCAACUGGAAAGAUGUUGCCAAUGAUAAAGUUGAGAUUAAACCCCCAGAAGGUAUGGAGUGGAAAGCGUGGAACAAAUAAAAAUGUAUGAUUGUUAUUUUUUGGUGUGCAAUUUAUAUACUCUUUAUCCUUUAAUAAAAUUUAUUAAUCAAUUAUUAAAUGUUAAUAAUACACCCUAUACAAAUGUAUUCAAACUAUUGUCUGCAAAUUAAUAUUUAAAUAUUUUCAAUGUUUUUAAUACAUUAAUAUAAUGGUCUAAAAUAGUAAUUUCUGUUGAAACACGAUUGAAUUAUCUACCAAAAAUGACAUACUAUAUACUUAGUUUAUGUAUAUCCCUUUCUUUAUAUACAGGGUGAUCUUUUAAUAUAAAAUGCUCAUUUCUUGUUUAUUUUUAUUGAUUAAUUAUAUUCAGGGCUUAUUACUUAUUGCAUUUGCAUUUUAUUUUUGAUUGAUUUUAAAGAUACUUAUGUGAGCUAUAAAUUUGUUUAAAGAAAUCACGGAGUUUACACAAAAGUUUAUGUUUUAUAUUUCGAAGUUUUUACUUUUUUUGUGUGCCUAUUGCUAUUUUAAUAUCAUAGUAGGCUUUAAAAUAUACUUAAUAAUAAGAAUAAUUUAAAUUGUCUUGAGUAUCUACAUAUUCAUUUGUUUCUACUAGCGUCCACUGCUAUUCAAUAAGACAGAAAUCAUAUCGAAAAGGAAACCACUAUAAUUAUAUCAUGUGCAUUAGUAUAUUAUUUUUAUAGUUUCUAGAUAUUACCGCAUCAUUAUUUUAGAUUCUAACCGGAGCAAGAAAUUUAUCGAUUUUACAGUGAUGUUUUUUUUAUUCCUGUGGUAAACUUAUCUACCAGAAAUUUUGCUCAGGUUUAUAAGUAUACCACUUUUUUCUGUAGCAAAAUCUAACUGUGUGGUACUUUUAGGAGGCUAUUUUUUUAAUUUUCCCAGCUUUUUUCAUAAUAAAUGAGAAAAUAGGUACAAUAUUAUUAAAUAAAAUAUAAUAAUGCAUAUGUAAUUAUUUUACCACAGUAUGGCAUAUAUUUUGGAUAAUGCAACACUAUUAACCAAAUUCCGCUCAGAAUCGUUUUAUCAUUAGCAAUGGUUAAUUGUUGCCCUCUCUACCUUUCCAACUUCUCACCUACAACAGUGGCCCACCCACAUGCAAAGUAUGUCCAUCUUUUUUAGAUCUACAAUGUAUGAGCCCUGAAUUUACAUUUAUUGAAGUAGGUAGAUCAUGCAUAAAAUUAAAUUUCUUAAUAUUUCUUAAUUAUUAUUCAAUACUAAAAAUCUAAUUAUUCAUUUUUAAACUGUCACUCCCAUUAAAAAUAUUCAAUUCUAAUAUAAACUGCAUAAUAUUUUACUUAUUAGAAUAGUUGUCAAUAUCUAGUAUUAAUUAUAUUGUACUUUAUCACUUGUAGGGAAUAAAUUUAAUUUAAGAAUAACUAUAAUGGAUAUCAAUUUGUUAUAAUAAGUAGGUCUAAUGAGAGAAAAUGUUAUUCGCAUUUAUACCCUGCAAUUGUUUUUAAUAGACCUUGAUCAAGUGCGAUUGUAAAAAUAAUUGUAAUCAGAUAAAUUGUAUAAUAUAGACCUAUGUAUCUUGUUAUUAAAUAAUAUGUGUACACUAAUCUUUUGUUUAUAUUAUCAAAUAUUUUGUAGUAUUAUUCAUCUAAAUCUGUAUUACAUUUAUAUUAAUAAUUUGACUGUUAUUUUAAAUAAUCAAUAAAUAUUUGUAGAAUCCUA